AUGUUUCAUCUAUGGCCCAUCUAUUCUAUCGACUCCGACAAAAGAAUCAUCGCAGAGGUAACGGGAUCCCUCAAAGAAUGCUUGGAUACUCAACGUCAUGAUGAAAGGAAAGCGGGUUUCACCGGCAACAACCAGGCCUUUGCGCAGCAUCUUGACAGUACCAAGAGUCUCUCAGAAAUAGAAGAGUUCAAAAAGAAUCAAGAAAAGGGACUUGAAGAAUUGGAAGUCAUGCGCCGCAUGUCUCAUGCUAAGAACGAAAGGUAUAGGACCAAAGUCAAGGAAGCCCAAGAGGUGCUAAAAGAAGUCCAAGAAGAACUCGCAAGAGCCCAAGAAAGGGUCGCAAAAGCCCAGCAAGAUAAAGUGGAGAUUAAUGAGGCGCUGGCUAGGUACCUACACUUUGUGACUAUUUCCGGAGAGGUUUUGGAGCGUCGAAUCCGUCGAUUGGGGGAAGCUUCAGUAUUGAAGAAGACGCAGACAAGCCAGGAAGCCUCUGAGAACUCCCAGGAGAAAGAGGAGAGUAAAGGGGAUGGCAAAGAACGAGUGAGUCUCAUUUGA